AUGCCUGCUGGCUGUGAAUGUGCACCCAUGUUGGUGCUAGCAUCCUCCAUAUGUCCUGCUGGACUCAUAUUUCUAGAGGUUGGAUUGGGGGUUGGAGCUAAGGAGCUCUCCAGGUCAAUGUCCAUCAUUCCAUCAAGGGUUUUUCCUCUUUUGGCAACUCCAAAGGCUUCAAAGAUUCCUAAAGAAGGGCUCAGAACCUCUCAGAAGGACCUACAAGGCUACCAACCAUAUGCAGAAGCUAUAGAAACCACAGAACAUGAACUCAAUAGAUACCUGUUGUUUGCUCUGCUUGAGUGUGAGGUUGGUUUGGCAAUCCCCUGUCCACAGGCACAAGUGAAGACAGGCACCCACCCCGAACAGCUCAAUUGCCAAAUCUCUGAAAAUCUUAGUCCCUAUAUUGUUCCAUCAACACAGGAUAACCUUCCAAUGGCGCCAAACUUCUUUUUAGAGGCAAAGGGCCCUGAUGGAUCUCUUGUGGUAGCUGUGUGGCAAGCAUGCUAUAAUGGUGCAUUGGGGGCCCGUGGCAUACAUUCUCUACAGACUUACCAGCAAGAUGAACCAAUCAACAACAAUAAUGCAUACACUCUCACAUUGACUUAUCAUGGUGGGCAACUAAAACUGUACACAACCCAUAUCAACAAGCCUGGCUACACAGAUGGCCGUUCCGAAUAUAUCAUGACACAACUUAAGGGUUGGUCAAUGACCAGCGACCUUGAAACUUUUUGUCUAGAAGCAUCAGCAUACCAGAAUGCACGAGAUUGGGCAAAAGAAAAGAGAGAUCAAUUCAUUCAAGUGGCAAAUGAGAGACUUUUCCAGAAACACUCACAAGAUUCUUCCUCGCAGCACCAGCUGGUUUCUGAUUUAACACCUGUCUUGGAUGAUUCUGAUGGGUCAACUGAAUCUGGCGAGUAUCAAGAUGCUCAGUGGAGUUUUGCCGUCCCAGUUGAACGCCGAAAAGAGGAUCAUGGGAAGCCUAGAAGGCUGAGGAUCUGUGGGAGUGAGUCUCUUGUUACAACCAGUGAUGCGGCCAGGGAUACAAUCAGUGAUAAAGCCCUUGUACUCCAAAACUGA